ACGGGGGAGAUCGCCGGUCCAACCCAAAAAGCCGACGUGGCCUCUCUCACGCUUCUGAGCUUCUCUCUGGGAAUUGUCGGCCGUUCCGUUUCGUCAACAAUCGUCAACAUCGGACUGUCAUCUGCUAUCACCGCCACUCGCCCCCGCUGGAUACCCGCUAUGCGUCUCUUGUUGCCGUUGACUGUUCCGUAACGUAACCGUCCACGUUGCAGAACAGAACGUCCGACGCGUCAGUAGAUCGGUCACCGAGGAGAAACGAGAAGAAACUCAUUUGGCAUUGUCCAAAGCGUGAGGACAAAGUGUACAGAGACCGCGGCGGCAGCGCGGCGGCCACGGACAUUCUCCAUCUUGCGCAACGUCCGAAGUCCGAGGAAGCGUGAGAGUGCGUUAUCGACAACCCGCGACCAUGUCGACGACAACGGCGAACGACUCCGAGGAGUACUACUGCUUCCGGGUGAAGGAGGGCAUCGGCGAGGCUUUCGACAAGGAGAAUAUUGUCAUCAUUCCGCGCUCGUACAACUUCGACUUGAAGAAGUUGCGGACGGAGCUGUGGAAGCAAUUUGGAGUGCCAAGAGACAGACGCAUCUUCUACAUCGACGAUGACGGGGACGACGUUCCAAUCGAUUCGGAAUGCGAGUUUCACGAAGCAUUGAAGCUCGCCAAAAACGCCUUCAUGGUAAAUACGGCGAUUCCAUUGAUUGUGGGCACUUUUCACGUGCCUACGUCGUGCAGCGACGAACAAUGUUCCGGAACGAGCGAGAUCUGUUGUCCGAACAAAGAGUCGCGAAAUGUCAAUGGCAAUCCGGCCUCGUCCUUUACCGAGAAGAGCGAUGGAUCUAUGCCAGAACCGAAUUCCGAAUUCGACAAACAGAAGCGUUCAACCCGAAAAGUACCGUCAAAUCAAAGGAAAUUGCAUAUAAAGCGAUGCGACGAGUCGAGCGAUGAACAGACAGAAUUGGAGGACGUGGAAAUUCCAAAAGUGUCGAACACUCCGGCGUUACGGUGUUAUUCAGACACGGUGUCCCCUCCGUGGUUUACCGAAUACAUGGAAGUGAUGAAAAAGGACAUGGUGUCUACGAUCACACACGAGGUGGUGAAAAACGUCACGGAGGUGCUGAACAAACGUCUAGACUCCUUUGUGCAUCCUUUAUUAAAGGUACUAGAUCGAUCUCGCAAUCAAUCAUAUUCUUCUCUCUCGAAACGACAUCCUAGAUGCUUCGACUCAAAUGAGAAGAAUCAAAAGAGGAUGAGAUCUCAGGACGAGGAGCAGUCGAGCGAUGCCUCGAUCGAACGUGUGGACGAGCCGCAAAACGUAAACAUUGCGGAAGAUCCACAGAUGAAGAAAGAUGUGAUAUCUACGAUCAGUCGAGAGGUAGUGAAGGAGAUGACAGACAUGCUGAACAGUGUUCCCCUUACGUCUGCCCCUUCGAAGAAACACAAUCAAUCUCGAAGCCAGUCGCACCUUCGUCACCCGAAAGAAUUGCCCACUUUCUUCGAUAUCGACGAUAUUUUGUAUUUCCGCUCAAGUGAGAAGAACCAGAGGAAGAUGAGGCCUCAGGAUGGAGAGCAGUCGAGCGAUGACGCGUGUACGUUCGGCGAAUGUAAGUGCGAGUUGCGAAACGCGACUACGGCAGAUAAUGUUUCGCGGCAAGCGAAACCGGAAGAGAUUAAAAAAGCUCUUCACGAAAAAGGUAUUUUUGUAAAAGGAGAAAAGAAAGAAGAAAAGGGGAAAAGAAAGAAGAAAUGUCAUCAACGGACUGCCCCGGUAAUCACUGAUAAUUUGAAUAGUGAUAUCGGCAAAGAACAAUCUCAGAAUAAUGCGCGGGAGGAUUUUCCGAUUCCUCGGAAGAACACGCCUCAGACGAACCCGAUACCGUACGAUGAAACUCUGGGGAUGCUCGAGAAUGAGCUUCGCAUGAGCUGCUCCGUCACCGGGCACCAAAUAUUGGACGAAGGUCGUCGUAGAGAUGUCUGGUGCUGCAACAACUCGGAUAUCGAUAAAACCAGCUUCUGGUCGUGCGAUCAAGAGGAGGAGGACGAUGAUGCCUUCGAGAUCAUCCAGAUGCCCGCUUCGGAGAACAGAGAUGACUUGAUUAUACAUUUUGAGGAGCCCGCCGCCGAGCAACGACGACACGACAGCAAUCGGGAUUCGCCCAGCUUCGAACUUUUGUCAGAGCCGCCCUCACCUACGAGCUUCAUGCACUUCAACGAAGAGCAUUUCUCGACAAACGAGGGAAAUCCCGAGCAGCAAACUUCACAAUUCGCCGACACGAGUCCGUCGACGUCGGGCUCCAUUUACGUGGUAGAUGUUCAUGGUAAGAUCUACAACGAGCAUCAAUCGGCAGAUCUCAACGAGCGUGUUAACGCCGAUUUGGAAAAACGAUCCGGCGGAGCCUACUCGUUCGUGGCGGAGACCUUACCUGCGGUUCAGGAUACUCGCUGCUCGAAGUCGUCGCGUUCAGAGCAGCGCUCAGAAUGGAAGAACCCUCGAGAUGACGUUGGAUGCGACAGCCGCGACAACGCAAGCAGCUCGUACGACGACGUGAGAAACUCGCAUACGAGUUACCUGACCGUGCGUACGCACUGCGACUCGAAGACGCAGUCGCAGUGCAGCUGCCAGACCGAUUCGAACGACCUCACGCAGAGCUUCCACUCGCACACCACAUCGGUCACCGACACGACCGACAUUUAUACUGAGGCCUAUGGCAUCGGUAAAUACGAGCAAGUGAUGACGGCCAAGGACGUACUGGAAACGGCGACGACGAAAGGGACAGCGACGGCAACGGCGACAGCGACUGCGGCUUCGAGAAACGAUCAGGAUGCAGGACGUGUCGGCAGUAGUUGCGCGAAGGAAACCAAGACGAACGAAAGACAUUGCCACGGCGGUAGUUAUCCCGAGUGCACCUAUUGCUCCAUCGGCAGUUGCUGCGUGAAGGAAACCAAGACGAACGAGAGGCAUUGCCACGGCGGUAAUUAUCCAGAGUGCACCUAUUGCGCCAACAGUACUCCGCAAGGAACUUCAGUCGAUCCUCCGUACCAGUCCUCCGGUCGAGCGAGUGGAUCUUCCAGUAAAUCGACGAACGAGAGGCAUUGCCACGCCGGUAAUUAUCCAGAGUACGCCUACUGCACCAAUAGUACUCCACAAGGAGCUUCGGUCGAUCCUCCGCACCAGUCCUCCGGUCGUGCGAGUGGAUCUUCCAGUAAAUCAAGCUCCAACGUAGGCUCGAGGAAGGCAUCCAUUGGCGAGCAAACCGCCGAUCCUGUUCGCAUCCUACCGGAGACGCUAGUCACCGCAGCCGCCCACGUCGUGGGCUCGUUCGCUUAUGACACUGCACGCGAGGUGUUGGACAAGAUACGAGGACACACGAAGGAAGAUUUUGCUAAACGUCGAGGCGGGGCAAAGUGCGACGACAAGAAGCGUUUCUUCGUUAGUCCUCUGUCUUUGUACUAACCACUGAUCACGAUCUUUCGUUUAUAGCUGAUAUACUAUAUACGCUACACGGGAUUGCUAAAUAGAUCUAUUAGGCGAUGCGAUGGGUAAGUACGCGGAUCAGAUUUGCAAGGCUCGAAAGAGUAUCGUAUUUUGGACAUGGUGCAAUCAAUGAAAUGAGUGUACAGCGCGUCUCUCACAAUACUGGCGUUUCUUAGAUUACGCAGCGUAAAUAAAGUUUCGUACGUCGAUUAUCGUUAAUCGACUUAUCGAGAGAUGCCAAGAAUGUAUAGAAUUCUCAUUGUUAACAAAUUUUAAUGACUGAACCGGUAGAGCGACAAGUUUCGAAAAAAAGAUGAGAGGACGCUGGAGCACUUUGUUUAUACGGGCGAUCCUUAAUUGCAUACGAUAAAUACAAGUAGAAAAAAGUGUUCCGAUAAAGAGCCAAGAUUAUAUCUAUCGAAUAUUACUAUGUGUCCAUUUAUCGCGUGAAAUUAAGAAUCACUGUGUAUGUAAUGGUAUUCAUAGUGAAAUGAAUUAUGCUAUAUCAUAGAAAAGUUAGAAUUGAUCUUGCAAUUAGCUGUAUAAAAUUACGGAAUUAAUUAUAUAUAUUAAAAAUGAACGGACGAAACUCGGGAGGGAAGAGUGAUGAUGCGAAAUAGUUUUAGAUUGUGAAAGGGAAGGCAGGUUGUGUUUAAAGGGAUAAUGUAAAAUUCUUUAUUACAAUCUUUCCGCGUAUGAAUCAUAUUAGAGGGCUAGAGACAAAUUGACUAUAUAGAUAAGUCGGUUACUCUUAUUCUAUAUUUAUUGAAGUGAAAGGGCGAGAUAUUGUGUUAGGGCUGGACGAUCAUUAUUAGUCUAUACGGACGAUUUUGCAAACGUAUUUGAAGAAUUUGCGGUUCAAUUUCAUUAAAUACUAUGGAUAUCGGCGCAGAAACUGACAGAGAGAGAAACAUUAUCUGUCGAAAACUCUCUUGAUUUAAAAAAAAAAUUAUUUCUCCAGCAUGUGGAUUUUGCAAGAUGAUGUAUCAAUGUUCGGCGGUAAGCUUUACAUGAAGUAAUUAAUCAAUUUACUGCACUUUUGAAAUUCUUGUCUCACAUGACGACACGCAUUAUUACGUUAUGCUAGAGCUUAUGGAAAUUUAGCGGGACUUGCGAAAAUAAAUGUUAUUAUAUGAAUUAUAUACAUAGUUCAGAAAUA